AGGGCAGCAGGCAUCGCCCCCAAAACGCGCUGACCCUCCUCCAUCACUGGCAGAUGGACAAUACCGCCAUGAACUCCUUCUUGGAGUUCGCAAUUUGUAACCGCGGCACCGCCGCCUUCCAGCCCCGCCACCCCGAGCCGGCCUCGCCUUCCUUCCCUCCCUGCUCAGGUAGCCCCGCUCCGAGCGCCGAGAGCCACUUCGGGCAUCUCCCCCAGCACAGCUUCCACCCGCCUUCCUCCUCCUCCUCCUCCUCCUCCCGCUUCGCCACGCCGGGCUACCAGCCCCAGCCGGGCUACCAGCCGCUCUACCCGGGCCAGCAGGACGCGGACGGGCUGUACCUCCCCGCGGCCGCCUACGGCUCGGGCUCGCUGGCCGAGGGCUACUGCGGGCCCCAGGGGCAGUUCCCGCAGCCGCCCGCCUUCGGCCCGGAGCAGCCGGGCUACCUGCCCGGCCUCUUCGGCGACCUCGCCCACGAGGAGCCGGAGCCCCCGGGCCACGCCGAGCCGGGCGCCAGGGGCGAGGCCGCGCUGACCUUCGAGUGGAUGAGGGUGAAGAGGAACCCCCCCAAAACUGGCAAAACGGCCGAGCUGGGGCUGCUGGGGCCGCCCAGCGCCAUCCGCACCAACUUCAGCACCAAGCAGCUGACGGAGCUGGAGAAGGAGUUCCACUUCAACAAGUACCUGACGCGGGCCCGCAGGGUGGAGAUCGCCGCCAGCCUGGAGCUCAACGAGACGCAGGUGAAGAUCUGGUUCCAGAACCGGCGCAUGAAGCAGAAGAAGAGGGAGAAGGAAGGGCUGGCCCCGACCGCUGCCUGCGGGGCGGCCAAGGAAGGGGCCGAAGGCUCGGAGCCCUCCUCGCCCGAGGCCUCGCCCAGCUCCGGCUCCUCCUGAGGG